AUGUCCUUCACAUUCAACAAAAUCUACGUCCAGUCUAGACUUGUCUUCGCCUUCAGCGCACUCGCCGAGAUGUCUGUUGUGCGCGCACAGUCCUCGAUUGGACACUAUAACAUCUCUAGGGGCAAUUCCAUCGUCUCUGUGCUUGAGGAAGCUAUUUUGACUGCGCAGCAUGCAGAGGAAAUGCCCGUCCCUCCCAUCACCAUUCAUGCUACCCCCCCUUCUCCAGGCAUCCAAAGUGGCCACCCAGUCGCACCUGUGUUCCCCGCGUCCUUGUCCAUUGACAUAGAGAUCACUCACUACUAUACCCAUUUGACGUCAACUUCACGCGUGCAAGGCGCCGCACCUACCUUUACUGCUUUCACCACGACCGUCCACUCCCGCUCGUCGACAAGAUCAACCGUGUCCAUGGCCGAAUCAACCUCUAGCGCACUCGCACCCAUCUCCGACCGAGUGUCUAUAAUGGUCGUCACCCCCAUGCUUCCUUUGUUCAGUCCAUCGCCUGUAAACGAUUGCCCGACUGUCAACGACUACACUAUCACUGUACAGGAUUCACAGCCACCUUCCUCAUCACUCGUCUUUGCGAGUACCUUUUCACGUCCUCUUCCACGCACGACAUUGGUCCCCAGUGACGGCCACGCUGUGGACUCUGGAAGUGCGCGGAAUGGCUUCAAAGACGCGGCCCCAGUCGUGGUGAUUGUUGUCAGCAUCCUCGUUACUGGAAUACUCGUCUACGCCUACUAUGCUCUCAAGCGGAAAUGGCAGCGCCAUCGCCAGGCGACGGCAGCAGCAGCCGUCCGCGACGACGAUUUGGCCUGUAUAAACCUCACCGAAUGA